GCCUUCCAACAACCCGGAGCUGGGUGUCUCUGUUCGGCUAGUGGUUGCUCUUAAUUCCGGGAGGGGCUACGCUGCACUACUACAAAAAGGAACCGGCUUAACGGGAAGUCCAAAAUAUAAGAAUACAGACAGGAAAAAUGCCUCCAAAGACCGACGAUGGCGGGUGGAAGAAGUUUUUUUGGGAUUCGGAAAAAGGAGAACUGCUCGGUCGCACAGGAGGCAGUUGGUUCAAAAUCACGGUCUUUUACAUCAUCUUCUAUGGCUGCUUGGCCGGCAUCUUCAUCGGCACCAUCCAAGCCAUGCUGCUCACCUUGAGCAACUACAAGCCUACAUGGCAGGACCGAGUGGCACCCCCAGGCCUCUCGCACACCCCGCGUUCUGACAAAUCCGAAGUGGCCUUUAACCCGAAAGAUGUAGAGACCUAUUUGCCUUACACCAAGGCCUUGAGGGACUUCUUGGCCAAGUAUGAUGACGACAAGCAACUUGACCAGAUGAAAUUUGAGGACUGCGGAGAUGACCCAAUGAGCUACAAGAUGCGUGGUGACCUGGAGAGCGAUACGGGCGUCAGAAGGGCGUGCCGCUUCUCCAGGAGACUGCUGGGCCCCUGCUCCGGCUUGGAUGAUAAAGACAAAGACUUUGGCUUUGACAAAGGCCAGCCCUGCAUCAUCGUCAAGCUCAAUCGGAUCGUUAACUUCCAUCCUCGGCCUCCCACCUCAAAUUCAACCAUCCCUGAAGACGCUCAGGUCAAAGUGCAGCCCAAUUUGAUCCCCAUCUACUGCACCAAUAAGAGAGAGGAAGACGCCGGCAAAAUCGGUGAGAUCAAGUACCACGGCAUCAGCGAAGGCUUCCCACUGCAGUACUACCCGUACUACGGCAAGCUGCUCCACCCACACUACCUGCAGCCGCUGGUGGCGCUGCAAUUCACCAACCUGACCAGGAACGAAGAGCUGCGCAUCGAGUGCAAAGUUUACGGCGAUAACAUAUCCUACAGUGACAAGGACCGCUACCAGGGACGCUUUGACAUCAAGUUCACGGUCAGCGGUUUAUGACCGCCACCGAAGCAGUAGAGCACUUCGCCACCCCCGCCCCGCCCCGUCCCUCCCGCUCCUCCCUUCCCCAUUUCAACCCACUGAUAUGAAGUAGACAAGUAGUCGGGGGCUAAGUCGAUUACACUUGCUUCCGGUUAGUGUUGGCGCACAAUUUUAAUGGGGAAAAGUAGCUGUUAGGCCACGCAAGCAUAUUUAUUCUGCUGUAAGUGACAUUUUCCCACCAUUUGUUCAUUCACGUGUACAAGUGGACCACCAUCUGUUCCAUCCUUUCCCCACCCUGGCCAUUAGCUCCUCCUUCAUCUCCACCUUGUCAUAUCACUGCCUCGGUACCUCGCUUUUCCGUCAUUUUCCCAGCGUGAUGUUCCACGGCCCAUAGUGAUUGAUUGGCUCGGACCACUCUUCUGAUCUUAAAUGAAAAAGGCAGCACUCCAAGGAACUUCUUUCCUCUUUCCUCUUUUUUUUUUCUGUUGUCUUUUAAUCAUGGGAGCCUUGUUUUACUUUGCCUUCUUUUUGUGCUUAAAUCACUUAAAGUGUGAAGGGGUUUUAUGAAAUGCCUUUUUAAUUGAUCUUUUUUUGUGUGCUUUCCAGCCUGUGUUCUUCUCCUCUGGACUUUGUCCUCUGAAUGUUUUUAGCCAUCAAACAUGGUGGAUGAAUUGUAUAUUUAUACAGUUGUACAUUUUGUUUCUGUGCGAAGAUAUUGUUAAUGUAUACAUGCAAUACCAAAGUGAUGAUCUGUAAAAGGGUCAACAUUUGAAUGCCUUGCAACCUUUAAGUGGCUCACACUUGAAACUUGAGGGGCGCUUCGGGCGAUGAAUGUAGGUGGAACCAGGGCGCUUAAAUACUGCGACAAUGUUCAUGCAUUUCAAAUUUAGAAGAAAAAAAAAAAUGAGGGCAAAUUAACCUCAAAUGCUUUUAGGCAAUGAACCAUCUUGGCAAUGUCGUGUAUAGGAUCACAUCUGGAACACUUGAACUUGUACAACCUACCAUCAUUUCAUGCACCCUUUGCCAUUUAAUCGAAGAUAGAAACUAAUAAAAUCUUAAUCCUC